AAGGUGUUACGUCAUUAUUUCGAGUGGGAGUUGAGGCUCUCGAUCCCGUGUCUUGUCAGUUCUUUAUUCACUUGCGCAGGUUUUUCGAUAUUUGUUCAAGUACACUCUUGGCAGGGAUAUCUACACAUUGCUGAGUUAGCUACUGUACCUAAAAUAUAAUUCUGAAAUAUCACUGUUGGUGGAGAACAUGAGUGUUGAGGCGUACGGGCCGAGCUCGCAGACUCUCACGUUCCUGGACACCGAGGAAGCCGACUUGCUUGGAGCAGAUACCCAGGGUUCGGAAUAUGAGUUCACAGAUUUUACCCUACCGAGCCAGACUCAAACAGGCCAGACGCAGAGUCAGUUGGACAACCAGGUGAAUGGGCCUGAUGGAGUUCUGCAGAAUGGGGAAGACUCUGUUGUAAAAGCAAGUCAACUCCUUGCAGAGUUGAACUUUGAAGAAGAGGAGGAGGACUCCUAUUAUACUAAAGAUCUCCCAGUCCAUGCAUGCAGUUACUGUGGCAUUCACGAUCCGGCAUGCGUUGUGUAUUGCAACACCAGCAAGAAGUGGUUUUGCAAUGGACGAGGCAAUACGUCUGGCAGUCACAUUGUGAACCACCUGGUCAGAGCAAAGUCCAAGGAGGUGACUCUGCACAAGGACGGUCCUCUGGGGGAGACUGUGCUGGAGUGCUACAACUGUGGCUGUCGCAACGUCUUCCUCCUGGGGUUCAUCCCCGCCAAGGCAGACUCUGUGGUGGUACUGCUUUGCAGGCAGCCAUGUGCCAGUCAGAGCAGUCUGAAAGACAUCAACUGGGACAGCUCCCAGUGGCAGCCGCUGAUCCAGGACCGCUGCUUCCUCUCCUGGCUGGUGAAGAUCCCCUCAGAGCAGGAGCAGCUUCGGGCCCGCCAGAUCACCGCCCAGCAGAUAAAUAAGCUGGAGGAGCUCUGGAAGGAAAACCCCACAGCCACUCUGGAGGACCUUGAGAAGCCCGGCGUGGACGAGGAGCCUCAGCACGUGCUGCUGCGCUAUGAGGAUGCCUACCAGUACCAGAACAUAUUUGGCCCCCUGGUCAAACUGGAGGCCGACUACGAUAAGAAACUCAAAGAGUCCCAGACCCAAGACAAUAUAACUGUCAGGUGGGACCUGGGACUCAAUAAAAAGCGGAUUGCUUAUUUCAGCCUUCCCAAGACGGACUCAGGUGACAUGCGCCUGAUGCAGGGUGAUGAGAUUUGCCUGAGGUACAAGGGAGACCUUGCCCCACUCUGGAAGGGUAUUGGACAUGUCAUCAAAGUCCCAGACAACUAUGGUGACGAGAUAGCCAUCGAGUUGAGGAGCAGUGCUGGGGCUCCUGUGGAAGUACCACAUAACUUCCAGGUUGACUUUGUGUGGAAGUCCACCUCUUUUGACAGGAUGCAGAGCGCCCUGAAGACCUUUGCCGUGGACGAGACCUCUGUGUCCGGGUACAUCUACCACAAGCUGCUGGGUCACGAGGUGGAGGACGUGGUCAUCAAGUGUCAACUGCCCAAACGCUUCACCGCCCAGGGCCUGCCUGACCUCAACCACUCACAGGUGUAUGCUGUGAAGACCGUGCUGCAGCGUCCUCUCAGUCUCAUCCAGGGCCCCCCUGGCACGGGGAAAACGGUCACCUCUGCCACUGUAGUCUACCACCUGGCCAGACAGGGCAACGGGCCAGUGCUGGUGUGCGCUCCCAGCAACAUCGCGGUGGACCAGCUCACUGAGAAGAUCCACAUGUCGGGCCUGAAGGUGGUGAGGCUCUGUGCCAAGAGCAGAGAGGCCAUCGACUCCCCUGUGUCCUUCCUGGCUCUGCACAACCAGAUCCGCAACAUGGACAGUAUACCAGAGCUUCAGAAGCUGCAGCAGCUGAAGGACGAGACUGGGGAGCUGUCCUCCUCUGAUGAGAAGCGCUACAGGGCCCUGAAGCGCACCGCCGAGAGGGAACUACUCACGAAUGCUGAUGUGAUCUGCUGUACCUGUGUGGGGGCAGGAGACCCACGCCUGGCCAAGAUGCAGUUCCGCUCCAUCCUCAUUGAUGAGAGCACGCAGGCCACUGAGCCCGAGUGCAUGGUGCCUGUCAUACUGGGGGCCAAACAGCUGAUUCUGGUGGGAGACCACUGCCAGCUGGGUCCAGUAGUGAUGUGUAAGAAGGCAGCCAAGGCGGGCCUGUCCCAGUCCCUGUUUGAGCGUCUGGUGGUGCUGGGCAUCAGGCCCAUCCGUCUGCAGGUCCAGUACCGUAUGCACCCAGCCCUCAGCGCCUUCCCCUCCAACAUCUUCUACGAGGGCUCCCUGCAGAACGGAGUCACCGCGGCUGACCGCAUCAAGAAAGGCUUUGACUUCCAGUGGCCACAGCCAGACAAACCCAUGUUCUUCUAUGUGACCCAGGGCCAGGAGGAAAUCGCAAGCUCCGGAACCUCCUAUCUAAACAGGACUGAGGCUUCCAACGUGGAGAAGAUCACCACCAGGCUGCUCAAGGCCGGGGCCAAGCCUGACCAGAUAGGCAUCAUCACCCCCUACGAGGGCCAGAGGUCCUACCUGGUGCAAUACAUGCAGUUCAGUGGCUCCCUCCACACCAAGCUCUACCAGGAGGUGGAGAUAGCCAGUGUCGAUGCCUUCCAGGGCAGAGAGAAGGACUUCAUCAUCCUGUCCUGUGUCAGAGCCAACGAGCACCAGGGCAUCGGCUUCCUCAACGACCCACGACGUCUCAACGUGGCUCUCACCAGAGCCAGGUAUGGGGUUAUCAUCGUGGGCAACCCCAAGGCCCUGUCCAAGCAGCCUCUGUGGAACCACCUGCUCAACUACUACAAGGAGCAGAAGGUUCUGGUUGAGGGACCCCUCAACAACCUGAGGGAGAGCCUCAUGCAGUUCAGCAAGCCUCGCAAGCUGGUCAACGCCGUCAACCCUGGGGGCCGUUUCAUGAGCACAGCCAUGUAUGAUGCCAGGGAAGCUCUUAUUCCUGGAUCUGUGUAUGACCGCAGCAGCACUGCACGUACAUCCAACAUGUACUUCCAGACCCACGACCAGAUCGGCAUGAUUGGCCCAGGCCCCAUGGCCUCUUUGAACAUCCCCAUCCCCUUCAACCUGGUCAUGCCCCCCAUGCCCCCGCCAGGCUACCUGGGCCAGGUCAACGGCCCCCAAGCAGGCCGUGGCGGAGGUAUGAAGGGUAAGGCGGGCGGAGGGGCACGAGGCGGGCGCCAGAGGAGCCGUGGUAUGGCGAGCCAUGGCGGGGGCAACGGGCAGCACGGCCACAUGAGUGGCAGCCAGGCCAGCCAGGACCUGGGCUCCCAGCCCUUCUCCCAGGGACCUCUCACCCAGGGUUACAUCACCAUGAGCCAGCCCUCCCAGAUGAGCCAGCCUGGCCUGUCCCAGCCUGAACUCUCCCAGGACAGCUACCUUGGCGAUGAGUUCAAGUCCCAGAUUGACGUGGCCCUCUCCCAAGACUCCACCUACCAGGGUGAACGAGCCUAUCAACAUGGUGUGACUGGAUUGUCCCAGUACUAGAGUGUUGUGGGAAAAGGAGCUAAGCCUGUGCUGAGCUUAGUUCGCCUGCAUUUUAAUCUGGGUAAAAUCAAAAAAAGAAACAUGGAUACCCGUUUUCCACUGCUACAACUGAAGCACCACUGUGUGAAAGCAACAGGAGAGAGACCGAGAGAAACCAACCAAUCACAAGAGUGAGAGCAAAAUGGGGGUUGAGCUGGACAGGACGAGAGAGCGAGAGGGAGGGAGAGAGAAGGCCCUGCUCGCACACGGAGACAUGGAGAAGCAGCAUACGUCGGAAGUAGCGCCGUCGGAGAGACGGGACCUUCGGUGAUGAUUUGAGGGACGAAGGUUGUGGAUCCUCUUGGGGGACACAGGAGUCACGUCUCCCCGCCUCCCGGGACCACCAGUUAGUUGGCUGAGUUCCUUGCUCUUGGAGCAGAGAGACUGAGAAGAGGAGUUCUAAAACAACCCUUCAAGCUCAAUCCACAAAACCGUCUCCUGCCAGCCAGAGGGGGAAAAAAAGCAGUCAGUCGAUUUGGGAAAAUUUCUAACCUCAAAGUUGAACCGUGCUCUGCAUUUGAACAUGUUUGAGAGAGGAGAGGACCAAGAGGUCGUGGUGGAAUAUCUCAAACGGAAUCAAAUGGUGCAAGGGUUCUGACCGUUCAUCUUUUUCAGCUUUGAGUUGGAAAGUUUUCUCCACGAAGUCUGUUGUCACAGAGGUUCUGAAAUAAGAAGCUUGUGAAUUUCGCUGGCUUCCCGCUUGGGUCUUUCUCAAGGUGGUCUACUAAGGAAAAGUGGUGGAAUGGCUCUUGGAAACUAUUAAAGGAAGACAUUGUCUCGAGAUCCGAAGUGGUAGUUUGCGAGACAAGUUUUCAUUUUUUUUUUCUGCUAAGUGUAUUGUUCUGUAGCACAUAAAAAAGAGAGUUUAAAAAGAAUACCAUAACCAACCUAUUGUAAUCGAAUGAAGCAGCUAUCACUUGAUCUUCUAAAUGACAUCCAGAUUAUUAGUUUAAAAAGCAUCACAGCUCCACAGACAUGAAAGCGCUUGUAGGAUGCAGAUAUCUUUUCCACGGCUACAAUUCAUUAACCCACAGUGGGGGGGGGGAGUUAUAGAGCCCUAAGUUUAAACAUGAAGAGCCCUAACAUGAAGAGCCCCUAGAGCCCUAAGUUUAAACAUGAAAUUCUGUAUUAAAUCAUGUUUUCUUUUUAUUGGUGAUGAUUAGCCUAGCUUCAGAUAAGAGGCGCUUCACAUGGGAACAUGAAUAUAGGUUCAGAGAGGUUAUAGACAUGAAGCGUGUGAAUACUACAGAGAUAAGACUGUGGAAGUCUUGGAAGUAUAACUGACUACAAAGGAAGGUUGGGAAGCGUCUGGCACCUACUAAAUGUAGGUAUUCAGUGCUGGCUAUCAUUGGCCCCAUAUGAAAAAGAUAACUGAAAUGAAUGUUAUGAACUACAUCUGAAAAAAAUGAUGUCAUAUCUGGCCAUACCUUGAUGAGUUCCUUGACAGAUGGGAGGCGUUUCUGUCUGUGUGCCAGAGGACGAGAACUCAUUUUGGUCCACGUUGGUGUUGUAGAGACAGGUAGUUUUUAUUGAGUGCCCAUUUAAAGGGCGUGGUGUAGAUUUUGUCUAGCCCCCACCACAUCUUGCCCCCUUUAAAAAAUGUUGGGCGACGUGGUAGAUUGCGUGAACUGUAUUUUUCCAGUUGAAGUUGACAUUUGACUUUGUCCUUUGAAUGUCCUUUAGUUUUGAUGAAACCGCCAAUACUUACAUCUUCAAACAUGCAGUAGGCCUACCCUGUCACACGUAGAGAAACGACGUUGAUGUAAUUUGUAUCAUGGAUGGUAAAGUUUCCCACGUGUAAAGUAGUAAGUCCUACUUCUGUCACUUCCCUGCCAUGCAGUACUUGACUUGGACUGAAAUAGGUGCCGGUACUCAUUUUGUGUGCAGGUGCUAGGGUUGGGCGGUAUCCAGAUUUUCUUACAGUUUCUGUACCAUACUGGGGUAUACGGUAUUACCGGAAGUCCACCAAAGGGGUGUUAUUUCAAAAUAAUAAUAACCCCUCCCCCAUACUGUGGGCAGUAUUGAAAAUCAUACUGUCUGUAUUUUGAAGUAUCCUGGUAUAUGGUAUAAUGCCCAAGCCUAGCAGGACUCCACAAUACUUUUGAGCUAAUAUUCUAUAAGAGGUACAGCAGUUCAAGCAGUAGAACAUUUUACGUGCUGGGUGUCCGCUCCGGUGAGCUCCUGCCCAAGUCUAGCGCUGCUGCCAUGUUCGUUUUAGGUCUGAGAUCUUUCACUCUGAUAUUAUGAAAUGUGUGUAACCAUCACUCAGUAAUUAUGGUACCCUUCCUUCCAUGCUUGUGAUAAUUAUCAUUUGACAUUUUUCUAUGUAAUUUUGCUGAGUCGUGAGAGGCUACGAUUUUCAGAAGUCAUAGUUGUAUGCUUGUGACGUGGUUAAACAGUCUGUUAUGAACACCUGUGGAAAGAUGAAUAAGAUGCCAGCAAUUCUGACUAAAUGUUUGUACUUACCAAAAUAUCUGAUAUCUGUAUCUUAUAGACAUUAACCACUUCCCUCAGAUAAAUUAUGAAAAUGUGUUAUUUUCCCGUGACAACUAUCCCUAUCUGACAAUCUGUGUAUGUGCCAUUCAAUAGAACACAUCAAUUGGCAGGUUUCAUCACUAAACAUUCAUGUACUUUUGUUGUUCCUUUAUGAAAUCAACCUAUAAUUUCAAAGGGGGAACUACUGAAGAGAAAGGAAAUGUUGCUACAACUAAAUGCAGAGGGUUGAAAUUCAAGUAGAUUAAAUAUCAGCAAAUGGUCCUUUUGAACUGUAUUUGAAGAUGAGCAAACAAAACACCACUUUUGAGUGCCCCAUGAGGUACAGGGAAUUUGGAAUGCAAAGAACCUUCAAUUAGGACAUAAAAUAGCCCCCCCCCCACCUGUCUGAUCUUAGUAUUAUUUGCCUCUGAGGGGGUUUUGUGUUGAAGUGAUAUUUCUUUCUCUGUGGAAAUUGUUUGAAUAUGAAUGUAGUUCUUUGUCGCUCACUGAAAUAUCAUCCUUGUAAAAUCUUUGAAAAAUAAAGGUUGCUUCUUUCCGUUCA